UGGAGGAGGCUCUUGCUAAGGGGUCGUAUGAGGUCUCCGUACGAUACCCUGUCAAAGGUGGUCUUUUCAACGAGACCGUCGGUGGUGAUGACAUGCUUGCUCAGGCUAUGCCUGAGUAUGAUCGCCAGUAUCUCGGCCGACAAGGCCAGCAUGUUCGGCUGUACGACGGAGGGAUGGACUAUGUCGUCCAGGGUGCCCUAAUGCUGCGGGAGCAGCACUGGAGACAGGAAGCCGAAAUAGAGCGGCUAAAGAAGAUGGAGGCCAAGGCUGUCUCGGCCGAUGAGGCUCUCCAAGAUCUGAGGGACAAGGCCAAGGCCGCGGAGGGUGAAAUGAAGCUCCUUCAGCUGCGUCUUGAUGAGGCCGAGUCAGCCCGGAGAAAAGCUGAUGAGGCCGUUGCCGUUGCCGUCCAAAGAGCCGAG